UAGCUUCAAACAAACAAAAAUCAUGAAAUAUACUUAAUUUGUGUGAAUACAUCGGUAUUUUUAUGUGUAUCAAACUUGCAUUUUUAGUGAUAGGUCUAGACAGUGUAUAUAUUGUGUAAAAAAUACAUUUCAUUAUUAAUGUUGAAAUGCAUUUAUAAUAAAGAAAAUGGCUGAAAAAAAAGAACAAAAUUUUAAUCAUAAUGGAUUAACAAUUUCUUGUAACCGGGCAUGGUAUACAGGUCAACAUAUUCAUAAAAUUCCAAAUGGUUUAAUAGGAGUAGUUGGUAUUCAAUGUAUAGCUCUUGAUCUUUCAUAUAAUAAGCUAAAAACAAUUUCAGCUAUUAAAGAUUUUAUAUACUUGGAAGAACUAAUCCUUGACAAUAAUGAUUUACAAGAUUUACAAACACUUCCUGUAAUACCUACUCUUACUACUCUUAGUUUAAAUAAUAAUAAAAUAACAGAUAUUGAUUCUGCUUUGGAAAUUAUUCAACAGUGUUGCCCACGAGUAGGUUAUGUUAGUUUGCUUGGAAAUCCAGGAUGUCCAGAUCAAUUAACAAAUCCUUAUGAAAACGAUGAAGAUGACUAUGAACGUUAUAGACUGUAUGCUAUUCAUGUUCUGCCUCACACUCUACGAUUUCUAGACUCUCGGCCUGUCACACACAAUGAGCAAAUUCAAGCCAAAAGCAGAGGCAAACUUUUAAAAACAGUUAGACUUGAUGCUAAGACUGCUUUAAACAUUUUUACAUUAAAAUCAAGUAAACAAUUUAAUGAGGCAGAUUUUCAUGUAAAUUACACACCAUUGCCAACUAAUAUAAGAAAUCCUCAAGACCACAAAGGUGCCUUUGGAAAAUGUAAAUAUCAUUACUCUGGUAAAAAUUCUGAAGGAAAUCGUUUUAUAUCAAAUAAUGAUUUGUAAAUAUAAGAAACAGAUGAAUAAAUAUUGGUUUAUCUUUUAUC